AUGGCCCUUCACCAAGUGAACCCCGCGCAAUACUUCGCGCAAUACUGGCCAGGCUACACGCCUCCUCGCUUGUUUACGGAGCUCAAAGUCGGCAGUGGCCGCAUUAUCCCCACAAAGUUCACCCCUCCGAGUGCAGAUGAUACGCCACAGUCCUUGUUCCCACAUUGCCCCAAAGUCACAGAAACAGAGCGAGUCCAUAGAUUCAUUCGUCUGAAUCACAACAACCGAUCCGUCGAGGACGAAUUCCUCAUCUAUACGGAUGCCACGUGCAUGGACAAUGGCAGAAUGAACGCCAGGGCGGGUUGCUCCUUUGUCUACAACGAUUCUGCAUCUGGUUUCGCACGAUUUCCCCUCGAGUAUAAAGGGCCCACUGGUCAACAACACACACUGACAAUCGGCCGCGCACAAAUUCGCGCCGUCAUUGCAGCGCUGCGGUAUCGAGACUGGGCUGCGGAUGGCUGCAGUCGUAUGAUCAUUGCAACAGACUCGGAAUACGUCGUGGACGGUAUCACAAGAGAGGCACCGGAAUGGUUUGAGUGGAGUUGGGUUACACGUGCCGGGGAACCGAUCAGGAAUCGGGACCUUUGGGAGUGUCUUCUUGGGGAAAUUGAAAUGUGGGAGGAGAGAGGGAUGAGGGUUCAGUUUUGGCUGAUUCCUAGAGAGAUGAACCUAAAGGCGGAUCGUCAUGCCCAUUGUGCUGCCUUUAUGGAAAGACAUCAGGAGUUUACCGAUCUCGCUGGUAACAGCGAUGACUCUAUCUAG